GGAGGCACCAACAAAUGGAACACAAAUUAACUUAAGCCUAUGUGAGGCUGGUGACACCUGAAAGAGGGCACAAGAGGUUGUAAACGUAAAGAGUGAAUAUGGGUGAGAAGAAGCCAGAACCUUUGGACUUUGUAAAAGAUUUUCAGGAAUAUCUUACACAGCAGACUCACCAUGUAAAUAUGAUUUCUGGAUCGGUUAGUGGCGACAAGGAAGCAGAGACUCUUCAGGGAGCUGGGACAGAAAGUGAUCAGAAUGGUCUGGAUCAUCCUUCUGUUGAAGUUUCCCUGGAUGAAAACUCAGGAAUGUUAGUGGAUGGGUUUGAAAGGACUUUUGACGGAAAAUUAAAGUGUCGAUACUGCAACUAUGCCAGCAAAGGAACAGCACGGCUCAUAGAGCAUAUCAGAAUUCAUACAGGUGAGAAGCCACAUAGAUGCCAUUUGUGUCCCUUUGCUUCAGCUUACGAACGUCAUCUGGAAGCUCACAUGCGAUCGCAUACUGGUGAAAAACCGUACAAAUGUGAAUUGUGUUCCUUUCGCUGCAGUGACAGGAGCAACUUAUCUCACCAUCGCAGGCGCAAACACAAAAUGGUGCCUAUCAAGGGUACAAGAUCUUCCCUAAGCAGCAAGAAAAUGUGGGGGGUUUUGCAGAAGAAGACCAGCAAUUUGGGGUACAGCAGAAGAGCAUUAAUUAAUUUGAGUCCACCUUCCAUGGUGGUUCAGAAACCAGACUACCUUAACGAUUUCACUCAUGAAAUCCCAAAUAUCCAGACUGAAGCGUACGAGAGCAUGACAAAGACAACCCAGAGCAGUGGGUUGCCGAGGGAUCCACAAGACCUUAUGGUAGAUAAUCCUUUAAACCAGCUCUCUACGUUAGCUGGACAGUUAUCUAGCUUGCCACCUGAAAACCAAAAUCCAGCCUCUCCUGAUGUUGUUUCCUGUCAAGAUGAAAAGCCUUUCAUGAUGCAGCAGCCUGCUGCACCUGCAGUAGUUUCCGCUGUGUCAGCGAAUAUUCCUCAGAGUUCAUCUCCGACCAGCCCGGAUCCUCGGCCUGCACACAAUCAAAGGAACUACAGCCCCGUGGCAGGUCCCAGCAGUGAUCGCAGUGCCCACACCAGUACUCCCAGCAUAAGUAACAGUCAGCCAAGUACUCCAGCUCCGACCCUUCCGGUUCAGGACCCUCAGCUUCUGCAUCACUGCCAACACUGUGACAUGUACUUUGCGGACAAUAUCCUUUAUACUAUUCACAUGGGAUGUCAUGGAUUUGAAAAUCCUUUUCAGUGCAACAUAUGUGGGUGUAAGUGUAAAAAUAAGUAUGACUUUGCUUGCCAUUUUGCAAGAGGCCAACAUAGUCAACAUUGACUGAGAACACGCUUUCAUUUAGUUUUUUAACAUAUUACAGUAUAUUUUUCGUACUUGCUGAAGGAAAGCUUGCACAUUCCCGUAAGGAAUCUUCACAUUAAUCAGUUCGACAAAGGAGGAAAAUUUAUUUCUAUGUUGUUGUAAAACUUGCCAGGGAAAUUUUGUAUAAGAUGUGGUUGUUAUUUUAUAUGUAGCCUUUCGAAAAAAGCUGAGAGUGCGCUAUAGGAAUUGGAAUGCAUUUACAUGCUUUGGUUGCUAAUUUUAAGUUGCUUGCACUUAAUCCCAAUGAACAUUCUACAAAUG